AUGCGCGGAGCGACACCGACCACCACCACCUUCGCAGAAGUGAAGACGACCACCCUGUUCACGAGUUUUUCUUCUUCUUCUUCUUCUUCGACCAACAAGGCGUCCUCUUCUCGUCGGAGUUUUCGUAAGAAAAGUCGUUUUGGUGCCUUUGCUUUUGCCGCAUUUCGGGGGAACCGAAACACAUCAUCUUCUUCUUCUUCUGGUGUCUGUUCCGACGCGCGCGGUAGUAUUGCGAAAAGUGAAUCAUAUACCGACGACAGAGUGGUGUUGUCGUCGUCAUCAUCGAAAGGAUUUUUGGUUCGAACGAAAGCUACGUAUUCGAACAACGACGACGAGGUGAUGAAGAAAGAUACGAAAAAAUUGAUUGAUUACGGUCGAGUCGGUGUCGCGUUCGCCUUUCCGGCGUUGGCCGGGUUCCUUUUUGGUCUCGAUAUUGGCCUCUCUUCGGGCGCGCUGGAGAGCAUAAAAACAUCCUCAUCGGAUUUCUUCAAUUUGACUGCGUCGCAAUCGGGUCAAAUUGUCUCCGCGUCUCUUUUUGGCGCGUUGACGGCAUCCGCGGUCGCCGCCGCCGGCGCCGGCGAGAAGUUGGGAUCGAGGAAAGAAAUCGCCUUGGCGGGAGUGUUGUAUUUAAUCGGCGGGACUAUGGAAGCGAACGCGCAGUCGGUUGAUUUUUUAAUCUUUGCGAAAGCUAUUUAUGGGUUAGGGAUUGGAUUUGCCAUGCACGGCGCGCCGGUGUACAUCGCGGAGACCGCGCCGAGUUCUCUGAGAGGAACUUUGAUUUCUUUGAAAGAAGCGGCGAUUGUGUUUGGGAUUUUGUGCGGGUAUUUUUGCGCGAGUCAGUACGUCGGGGAAGAUGGGGGAUGGAGAUCCAUGUUUUUAACCUCUGUGCCAUUCGCAGUGUUGACGUUAGUCGGUGCUGGGUUCAUCUUACCAGAUUCUCCGAGAUGGUUGGCGUCGAAAAAUAUGGACUCGUUUCCGGCGCUGAAAAAAUUGCGAGGGCCGAACGUGAGCGAGAUGGAAUUGAUGAACGAAUUAGACGAGAUCAACAUGUUUGCGAACGUGAGGAGGAAAGAAGAGAUGGGAAGAACGAAAUCGCCGUUUGCGAUUUUAGAUAAGAAAUACGCGAAAGCUUUGUACGUCGGCUUAUCGGUGGUUUUGUUUCAGCAAUUAACUGGGCAACCGUCGGUGUUGUAUUACGCGACGCAAACGUUCGAGGCGGCCGGGUGGUCGGCGCAAGGCGCCUCGAACAUUGCCGUCGUGGUUGGCGUGUUCAAACUAUUCAUGACCGUUAUAGCCGUGUGGAAAGUAGACAGUUUAGGCCGGCGUCCGUUGUUACUCGGCGGGGUGAGCUUGAUUACGUUGUCGCUGAUGGUUCUAGCGUUGGCCUCGCCGGAUUUUGCGGGAUCCGGCGUCGAGGCAGCGGCACUUUCAGAAACGCAAGCGCGCAUUUCCGUGGCUGCUAUUUUCUUAUACGUAGGCGCGUAUCAAGUGAGUUUUGGUCCAAUUGCGUGGUUGUUAGUCGGGGAGGUGUUCCCGACGAAAGUCCGUUCGCAAGCGGUUGGCAUCGCGACGCUUUUAAACUUCGGGUCUAACUUCAUCGUCAGUUUAAACUUGCCGUACGCGAUUGAACAAAUUGGCAUCAAGUCUACGUAUUUCGGGUUCGCGUCGAUUGGCGUUUUGAGCGUCGCUUCGAUAUAUUUCAGUGUCGUGGAAACGAAAGGUAAAACGUUGGAGGAGAUUGAAGAUGCGUAUACCGUCACCGCGACGAAAGUCGAAGAAGAUCGAUGA